AAAACAAAACAAACAAACAAACAACAAAAAGCAAAGCAAAGAAAAUGUCAGGCACGCAGUCGAAGGACACUGCGACAAAGACUAAAGAAACGGCUAAUGAGGCAGCAACUGGCACGCCCAUAACAACAACAGCAACGCCCACAACAACAACAUCAACAACAACAGAAACAGCAGAGGCAACAGCAGGAGCAGCAGCAGCAGCAGCAAAGGCAGCGUCAACAAUUGCCAAGAAAACUUUAACUUCGAGCACGGCUUUGUCAUUGUUUGAUCAGCUGAAAAACGGCGUCAAUUUGAACAGUUUGACAGGCACUGUCGCCAGCACCAACACGUCCCCGUGCCCCUUUGCGCCGCCCGCUGCUCCAACAGUCACAAAUAUUGAACUGAAGCCGCCGCCCCAACCGCCCAAGGGGUCCUUUAGCACGCCCACGCGGCUGCUGCUUGGCAUUGUGCAGGGCACCAAAAGGGGCAGGGAAGCAGCAGCAACAACUGCAACAACAACAACAACUGCAACAACAACAAAAGCAACAACACCAACAACAAAGGCCACAAAAACAACAACAAGCUCUUUGGCAGCAGCAGCAGCAGCUGCUAAAUUGGAUAUCAACGCAUUGCGAUCUCAGCUCUAUCAGGGCGCCAGAAAGACUGCAACAACAACAACAACAACGACAACAACAACAAAAGCAAAUACAACAACAUUAGCAACACGCACGGGAACAACAACAAUAACAACAACUGCCAGAGCAGAUAGAGGAGCACGCGGGAAUGGCAACAGCAUAAAGAAACGCUGCUUGGAUCGCUACGAUUCAUCAGAGUCAUCAGACAGCGGCGUUGCCACCUCGCUAAGCUGCGCGGAUUCCAGCACAGGCUCCAGUGAGGAUGCAUCCGAGCCCGGCUCACCGUACAGUGCGCACUCGCUAUUGAGCGACGAGCAGCAGCUUAACAAAAUGCCGCCACAAAUACUCAGCGCUGCCGCGGGCAGCAGCAGCACAACAGCAACUGCUGCACCAACAGCAGCAGCUGCAACCACAGCGAAUGCAAUUAGAAGCAACAGCAACACUGCCAAAAUCACAACCACAGCAACAACAGCAACAGCAAUCACACAACGCCACAACAACAGCAACACGACGCCGCCUACGCUGCAAUGGCCCUGGAACACGAGCCUGGGCAGCACCUCAACAGCUGUGCCUGCUGCAGCCAGCGCCGCAGUCGCCUCGAAGAAGCGCGCUGCUGUCAACAGCAGCAGUAGCAACUGCAGCAGCAGCAGCAACGAUGCCAGCGGCUUGGCCUGCAUCGCUGUGGCGCCCAAGAAGUUGCGCGCGGAUCUGCAGAGCGGCAGCAACAGCAACAACAGCGGCGACAAAAGACUGAAAGCAGCUGCCCUGGAGGAGUCGCAGACCAAGAUCACGGGCUUCUUCAAGUCGCAAAUGAAGGCGACGCCGGGCAAGCUGUCGGCAACGCCGUCGCCGCCGCCGCCGCAGCCACUGCCACAAGCAACAGCCACGCCCAGCACGCUGACAAUGAGCACGCCGGCAACAACAGCCUCGCUAAACAAAUACUUUAACAUACUCUCGCAGCUCAAUGAGCAAAAGCAGCAGCAGCAGCAGCAACAACAACAGCAGCAACAGUUGCAGCAGCAGCAGCAGCAACAACAGCAGCAACAACAACAGCAGCAGCAGCAGUCCAAGCUAACAACAGCUGCUGCUGCUGCGACUGCUGCCACAUUGCCCGUGCCGGCACUCAAGAAAAUCGAACGCAGCAGCAAGCAGCCCGCCAAAAUUGCCCAAGUGGCGCCCAAUUUACGCAAGACGCCCAGCAGCAACAGUCACGCCCACAACACACAUGCCGCCGCCCACUCGGGCACUGGCAAAUCGCCCGCCAAAAAGCACGUGGCCAUUGCGCCGCGCACGCCCGAAAUGAAGCAGCAGCAGCAGCAGCAACAGCAGCAACAAUUGCAGCUGCAGGCCUCCAAGACGCUGCUCGCAGCAGCUGCCUAUCGUGCGCCUCACAACAGCAACAACAACAGCAGCAGCAGCAAUGCCAAUAACAACAGCAACAGCAGCAACACGACGACAACAAUUGCUGCCAAGCCCUGCCAGAAGCUGCAGCCCGCUGCUGUUGCGCCCACAGCCACGCCCACGGCCAGCCCCACGCUAUAUCAGCUGCCCGUGCAGCUGCCCAAUUUGGUGCAUUUGCCGCCGCAGCUCGCCGCCGCCGCCAACAUAAUGCAGCUGAACAAUGUGGCCAAAGCGGCCGUCGCCGCCGCUGCCAGCAACAAUGCGGCCGCAGCAGCUGCCUCCGCGCAGGCGGCACAAGCGGCAGCCGCGCAAUAUUUUCUGAACGGCACCGUCUUCAAGCUGCAGCAGGUGACAACGGCAACCACGACGACGGCAACAACUGCCACAGCAGCUGCGACCAGUGCGGGCGGAGUCAAUCCCUUCGGCCUGCUCAGCGCCAACGAGCUGCAGGAGCUGCUGCUCAAGCAACAGCAGCAGCAGCAACAACAGCAGCAGCAACAGCUGCCACAGCAGCAACAACAACAGCAGCAGCAGCAACAACAACAGCAACAACGUGCCAUCAUCAAGGGUCCGCCCCCGCUGGUAACCAUCUCCACCGCCUCCUCCCUCAGCACAGCUGCUGCCAAGUCACGUGCGCUGCCCGCCGCCCUGGCCAAGCCCUAUCAGAAGCGAACGCCGCCCACGCAGCAGCAGCAGCAACAACAACAGCAGCAGCAGCCGCCACUUAGCAAAACCAAAUAUGCAGCCAUUGCCACGCCCACAACGCCGCCUCCUCUGGUGCCGACCAGCACGGGCGCUGCUGCUGCCGCCGCCAACAAGGAGCUGCAGCAACUGCGCAAAGGUGCCACGCCCGCAGCAACAACAGCAACGCCCACGCCGCCGCUGGUAAGCAUAGCGCCGGCCAAGCUAACGCCAACGCUCAGCAUGGCCAAGCAGCAGCAGCAGCAACAGCUGCCGCCAGCAGGGGCAGCAACAGUUGGCAAGAUCUCAAGCACCGCUGAUCUCUUUGAUCUGGUCAAGAACUCAAAUGGCGCCAUCAGCAUUGUGGGCAAGACUACAGCCACUGCCACGCCCAUGUGCACAACUCCCGCCCCCAGUCCACUGACGCCGCUGCCCUUCAGUUCGCCCAGCAGCAAUAGCAACAGCAACUGCAAUUCGCAGCAAUCGCAACGCGCCUCGCCCGCACUCUCCACACACUCGUCCAGUACACUGUCUGCCUUUGGCAAAUCCCUGGUGGCCAUUAAGUCGGAGCCCAUGGAGGAGUCAAACACGCCACCGCCUCCAUUGUCCAGCACGCCCAAGCCGCACAGCUUUGCCGGGCAGCUGCCCAACGCACGACGCGUGGAGCCCCACAAGCACGAGCUGCUCGCCGAGUGCAGCGGCGGCGGCUCCAACUCCAACUGCAGCAGCAGCUACACCAGCAGCAGCUCGGUGAGCAGCGCCGCAGAUCUCUCGCUGGAGGCAUCGACGCCCGCCUCGCUCAGCUCGGCGCCAUCGCCGGCGGCGAGCAACAGCAGCAGCAGCAGCCAGACGCAGCAGAUGAGCUCGCCGGAGGGACAUGCUAGCCAGCAGGAUAUGCUCAGCGAGCUGGUCACCUCCUGCAAUUCCAGCGGCACCGAAGACUGCUCCCAGGCAGCCAUAACGCCGCCAGCAGCCGCCGAGGUAGCAACAAUUGCUGCGACUGCCGUCACAACAGCAACUGGCGGCGGCAGCAGCAGCAGCAGCGGCAGCAGCAACUACGACGAGGAGGAUGACAAAUCGGUGGCCUCCUCCGAGACGGCCACGCACAAGCGACUGACGCCCGAAUCCGGCAUUGGCGGCAGCCUCAGCAACAGCGAGAGCAGCAAUUCCAUAGCGGAUGCCAUCUCCUCGAAAUCGGUUUGCCCGCCCGCCUCGGCCAGCAGCAACAGCUGCAACGCCUCUGACAGCAACUCGUUGGCCAGCAAUGCGCCCUCACCCGCCUCGCCCAGCAACACCAGCAACAGCAACGACGAUUGCUCCGCCUCAUCGCCAGCCUGCUUGGCUGUGGCCAGCCCGAGCACCAUGGUGGAUACAACAUUGGCCGAAAGCGCCAGCAAAUUGAUGCCCAAGUGCGCCAUUUCGCCGAUUCUGUCACAGCCCAAGACGAUACGCUUUCCGGCCGGCGCAGGAGCAGGAGCCAAGGGAGCGAAGCGGCAUGAUGGCGUCUGCUAUUGGGACAAGUGCAACAAGAAGCAUGAGAGCAACUCGAAACUCUUGGACCACAUGCAGACGCAUCAUGUCAACACGCAGACGGGUCCCUUCGCCUGCCUCUGGGUGGGUUGUAAGGUGUACAAUAAGGAGUCCUGCUCCCGUCGCUGGCUGGAGCGCCAUGUGCUCUCGCACGGCGGCUCCAAGCAAUUCAAGUGUAUCGUCGAAGGCUGCGGCCUGCGCUUUGGCUCACAGCUGGCACUGCAGAAGCACGUGAACAACCACUUCAAUGCCACGGACAAUGCCAAGGAGAGCACCAGCAAACGCACCUCCGAUCCGCCGGUGCCCAAGCAGCUGCGCAAGAAUGGCAAAAAGCUGCGAUAUCGCCGGCAACCCUUCUCAGCGCGCAUGUUCGACUUCUUCGACACGGGCAUCAUGGAGGGACUGCAGCAUCGGCUGCGCCAGAUCAGCACGUUGACCAACGGAACCCAGGCCAUCACGUUCCAGGGACAGUGCCUGAUGCGGCGGCGCAACAGUCGAGGCGGGAGCGAGUGCUUCGUGCGCUGGUCACCGCGUGAAAUCAUAUCGGAUGAGUGGCUGCCGGAGUGCCCGAAUCGGACACGGCAGCAUACCAAAGUGCUGCACAUCAAGCACAUGCGUCCGGCGGAGAAGACGCGCAUCGACAGUCUGCUGAGCACAGCCUACAGAUUGCGCUACGAUGCGCAGCUCUUUGCGGAUGAUUACAACGUAAACGAGCAGCAGCUGCAGCUGCAGCAGCAGCAGAUGCAGAUAGAGGAGGAGCUCAGCGGCAGUGAUUGUGCCGAGAGCGAUGCUGAUGAGGAGGAGGAGGAGGAAGAAGAUGAUGAAGAUGACGACGACGACGAUGAUGAGGACGACGGCGUCUCGGGCACAAUCAGCUCGAGCAGCGGCACCGUCUCCAGCUAUCAGCAGGUGCUCAGCAUAGCCAAGCUGCAAAUGCAACAGCGACGCAAGCAUCCGCGCAAGCCGCCCAAGGCGACAGCAGCAAUAGCCACAGCCACAGCGACGAUAAAAGUGGAAGAGCUGGUGCCCACGGAUGCUCUGGUGCCCAUUUAGAAAGUAUUUACAAAGCCCACACACACACCCCACACACCCGCAAGGACAAACGAGUAAACAGUGACAAGUAGUUUAUAGAUUUUUUUAUAAGGCCACCCAAACAAACCCAAAACUAUCAUAAACAUGCACACAUACACAUGCAUACUAUAUCAUAAGAUCGUGUAACAUACAUAUAUAUAUAUAUAUAUAUACAUAUAUGCCCGCUCUCAGUUUUUAGAUAAAUCCCGCAAAAUGACCAUAGCAAAUGUAUAUAGAAAUCGCUUCAAUAUCAAACCCAAACAAAUUUUAGAGUUUUUGUGUAAACCCUUGUUUUAAAAAAAAUUUAAAUUCUAUUUUAUGUUGCUGAAGACAAAUAUAUCUAGCCUAUAUACCGCAUAAACUUAAUUAGUUUUAAGCAUAACAUUUUAAACAACUUUAUGUAAAUUGUGAACUGCCUGAGAAAAGAGGAAGAGACCCCGCAGACAAGACUUCUUUAAUCAUAUUUAUCAUCUUCAUUAUAGUUUUAUGUGCUCUAUGCUUAGGCUUUGUGAACGCGUUUGAUUCUUCUAUUGAUUUUCCCUUUAUUUAGACCCAAACAAAAAACAAAACAUUUCAUUGAAUUCCAAAAACUUCCAAAACGAAAAAAAUAAGCAAACGCACAAACAACAUCAACAACAACAACAACAUGAAUAAGACUUGAAGCAUUUAUCGCUAUAUGAUUAAACUAUAAUUAAACGAAUUCAUGUAUUCAAUUCGAAGAGCAAUGCAAAACAGUUUUAAGUUCGUUUAAGCAAAACAGCCGCAAGCGAAAGCAACAUUAAGAAACAACAAAAUAUUAAGUAAUAAUAUUUUAAACAAAUUAAUUUAGUCCAAAUUUUGUAUGUAAUUGUCGUCUAGUUCGUUUUCCGCGUAACUUCUGUGUGUAAAUAUUUAAAAGUAAUUGAUUAAUUUGCGUAAGCAUUACACGUAAACAAUUUGAAUUAGAAAACAAAAAUA